CCAUCAUUCUUCAGACUUCAGCUCCAUAGCUGAACUCACAGAGCCAUCAUUGAAGCUUUCUUCUUCUUCGCUAUCGGACCUCUAACAUGCAUAGUCCGGUCGUAAAAUGACCAUGAUGCUUCCCAAAUGCCCAGGAAUUUCCCCCCUCACUCGUUCCGCCUGCUCAGAUCCUUCCACGCAUCCCGCCCCCUCCAUUGGAAGCCUCGUGGCGAGUCCAAGCUCCCUCGGCCGGAACUCCUCGACCGCAUCACCGGCCUCCUCGUCCUCCGCCGCUUCGACGCCCUCCAAAGCCUCCGCUUCACCUUCUCGGACAACCUCCUCGACUCCGUCCUCCACCAGCUCCGCCUGAACGCCGCCGCCUGCCGCGGGUUCUUCGACCUCGCCUCCAAGGACCCUACUUUCAGACCCAACCUCAAGUCCUACUGCAAAUUGGUCCACAUACUAGCCCGGGCGCGAAUGUACGACGAGACCAGAGCUUACCUCCACGAAAUGGUCUCCCUCUGCAAGAACAAUUACUCCGCAUUCGUCGUCUGGGGCGAGCUCGUCCGGGUUUAUCGGGAGUUCAGUUUUUCGCCGAUUAUAUUUGACAUGGUGCUUAAGGCUUAUGCCGAGAAGAGAAUGCUGAAAUAUGCUCUGUACGUGUUCGAUAAUAUGCCUAAGUGCGGCCAAGUCCCGAGUCUUCGAUCUUGUAACUGCUUAUUAAGCGGGUUAGUUAAGACGGGUGACUGUUACACAGCGAUCCUCGUAUAUGACCAGAUGAUUAGGAUCGGGAUCACGCCAGAUGCUUUCACUUGUGCGAUAAUGGUAAAUGCUUACUGUAAGGAACGAAGAGUUGAAAGGGCGAUGGAGUUUGUGGAGGAGAUGGAGAGUUCCGGUUUCGAGAUCAAUGCAGUUGCUUACCAUAGCUUGAUCGAUAGGUAUGUGAGUGUUGGAGAUGUGGAGGGAGCUGAACAGGUGUUGGAGUUGAUGGGGAAAAAGGGGAUUCGAGAAAAUCGAGUUACUUACACUCUGUUGAUGAAGGGAUAUUGCAAUCAAUCGAGAAUGGAGGCUGCAGAGAAGCUCUUACGAGCUAUGGAAGAGGAUAAAUCCGUGGGUGCAGAUGAAUUUGCUUAUGGUGUUCUGAUAAAUGGGUAUUGUAGUAUCGGUAGAAUGGAGGACUCCGUCAGAGUUCGGGACAGGAUGUUGACAUUAGGCCUCAAGAUGAAUCACUACAUCUGCAAUUCUCUGAUCAAUGGGUACUGUAAAUUUGGGCGAGUUUCGGAUGCUGAAAGUGUGUUAAAACAGAUGGCAGAGUGGGACCUAAAGCCCGAUACAUAUAGCUUUAACACUCUCGUAGAUGGGCUUUGCAGAGAAGGGUCGAUGGACAAAGCAUUUAGGCUCAGCGAUAAGAUGAUUCGAGAAGGAAUCGAACCUUCUGUUGUAACUUAUAAUGCACUCCUCAAGGGUCUGUGCCGGGUCAGAGCCUUUGAUGAAGCUAUGCGGUUUUGGAAUGCGAUGUUGAAGAGAGGAGUAGUCCUUAAUGAGGUGACCUUAGGGACUUUGCUCGAUGGGUUCCUCAAGAUGGAGAACCUGGACCUGGCUUUCAAGCUGUGGAAAGAGAUCUUAGCGCGGGGUUUUGCGAGGAGCAACAUCGCGUUCAACACGAUGAUAAAUGGGCUGUGUAAGGUAGGGAAGGUGGCCGAGGCAGAGGAGGUGUACGAGAAGAUGAUAGAGUUGGGGUGCGAACCCAAUAGGAUAACAUACAGGGCCCUGAGCGAAGGGUAUCGUAAAGUCGGCAAUCUUGAAAAGGCUUCGGCUUUCUGGGUAAAAUGUGGUACUGCUGAAGAGCAACAAAGAAGUCUCGCUCAGAUGUAACAUUGCCAAAUUCGACGGCACCCCCGCCUCUUCCCCAUAUCCCAAUCUGCUGUCUCCUUUUUUUAAAAAAAUUUCGAUUUUUAUUAUUUUGAAAAAUUAUAAAAAUAAAAUAAUAGUAAAAAUUGGGAUCAAAAGUGAAAAGAAAGAAAAUAGUGGACUGACAUGUGAAUACUGUACUAAAAACUCUGAACUUUUAACGCUGAACUUUUAUCAAACAAGUUUUACUUAAUCAAUUAAGUACUUAUUUGAUUAAAUGUUUAAAAUUUUAGCAUUUAAUUUUCAGCAUAAGUCCAGACAAACGGAACUUUAAAUCUCAUAAGGUUCAGAUUAAUGAGGUACGGUAUUUUCCCUGCGCGAAGUUAGCACGGGCCCCCCUUCCGGUCGGAGAAGGUUAAGGAGAGCUUGGGGCUCGCCCAGAAUGCUUGGGUGAAGUAGGACGUGAAGUUCGCACUGCGGUACUCAGGUGCUGCCAGUACGAUCCUCAACGGCGUAGCAGCAAGAUCGGCUAUGUCGUCCACUAGGAGCGUGUCAGAGUCAAGGUAGACUACCUUGUGAACGCACGGGGUGAGGAGGGUGGAGAGGUCACUGCGCGUAAUUGAGCGGGAGUCAAGGGAGGGGUGGAGGGAGGCAGAGAGGAGGCCUGUCACGAGGGAUUCGUCGAAGGGAUAGAUUCAGAACUUCAGGUAGGGGAAGGAGGGAAGAGACAAUGGUGGCAAGGAGAGAGGGCAAGGUGGAGGAAGCCGCACCGGAGGAGGUGAAAUGGAAGGCGAUGUUCUGGGGGCAGGAGGAGUGGACCGCUGCCAUGGAGCCCACGGAGGUAAGGAAUCAUCAAGGGUCAUGGCCACAUGGACCGCUGCAUCCAGCUGAGGGCACACGGUGUCAUUCGCAUCAGCAGGCAUGUCAUAUUCGUGGUCUUGAUCAUAUUUAUUUUAUAACCGUGGUAGUCCAUAUUACGACAUAUUCCAACCUGUUUUGAUAGACCUCAAUGUGAGUUCAAAAUGCAUCUCCAUAUACAAUUAAACUUGCGCUAUUUUUCUAUUAUUGUUCAUAUAAAAUGUAUUUCCGAUUUUUUGUCAUUCAACUAGUUGCCCUAUCAAAAUAAGUAAUGGUCUUUGAAA